AAACUCAAAUCAAAAUGAAAUUCAUCAUUGUCUUCGCUGCUCUCUUCGCCGUUGCCUUGGCUGCUCCUCGUCCCGAUGUUGAAAUUGUCAAGAAUGUCAGCGAUGUUGGCCCUGAAGACUUCAAAUUCGAAUCCGAAACUUCUGAUGGCUCUAACCACUUUGCCGAAGGUAAACUCAAGGAUGCUGGCAGUGAACACGAAGCCAUCGUUGUCCACGGUUCCUACAGCUGGGUUGAUGAAAAGACCGGCGAAAAAUUCACCGUCACCUAUGUUGCUGAUGAAAACGGUUUCCAACCCCAAGGUGCUCAUUUGCCCGUUGCCUAAAUAAAGUUUUGGAUAAAUAACA